AUGAUUGAAAAGUGUAGUCAAAAACAGAUGAUUUGUUAUAUCGCUAUAAUAUUGGGUUUAUCAUUAUGUGUUUUUAUUCUUGAAGAAUACAUAGAAGAACAAAAUUAUGAAAAAAAUUUACAUAUUAUUAACACACCAAACUACAAUCAUUACACUGACUCACAAUUUAAUGGAAAUGGUAAAAUUAAUAUUAAAAAAAAUAUUAUCAUAAGUAAAAAAAUAUUACCUAAAGAGAAAUUAUCACUUCUUUGUAAAGAAAAGAAGAAUCUUGAAAACAUUCAAACAUGUAUUAGUUGUAAUGAGAAAGAAAAAUAUGACAAUAAUACAAAUGUUAAAGAAAUAUGUGUUAAAAAUAGAUACUAUACAAAAUUUGAAUGUAAAAACGAAUCAAAAAUAAUAUUUCAAGCAUGUAAAAUCGCAACAAGUAACGACAAAAAUUCUUUUUACAUUUUUCUUACCAUUUCAUUGAUCUCAAGUGUUGUUUUUUCGUAUUUAUCAAUAAACCGAAGACUUCAAAAUAAUACAAUUACAUAUGCUAAAAUUAAUAAUCUAAUUAACUAA